CCGGCUUUGCGCCUGACAAUUGAGGCGCCACAUUUUUCUGAUUACUUUGCCGAGCUUCCCAAUUGGCCUCAGACUCUGCUCUUCAGCAACGUCGACGAUAUCACCACGGCGAAAUGUCUGCCUUCCGUAACGCCCCGCGCUUCACUGCGCAGAUGCGCGCUGCUGCUCAGCGUCGCUUUGCUAGCACCGGCCAGAACUCCUUUGUCAACGAGCGCCAGCACAUCAAGGAUCACGCCAUUGGUACCACCGCUCUCUGGAAGAAGAUCUCCAUCUACGGCACCAUCCCCUGCCUUCUCCUCGCUUCUGCCAACGCUUACUACCUCUGGAACGAGCACUGGGAGCACUGGAGCCACCUCCCUCCCCUGGAGGAGCGUACCGAGUACCCCUACCAGAACAUCCGCACCAAGAACUUCCAGUGGGGUGACGGUGACAAGACCAUCUUCUGGAACGAGAAGGUUAACUACCACAACAAGGACAAGGUCGCUUAAGCACAUGCUAUGGAAUAUGGCGGUGGUUAGAAACGAUGUGACAAACAAUAGAAUACCCUCGACGAGGCAAACUUGUACUUCUUCCCUAGAGUUGAACUGAAACUAAAUAUAUUCCUUUGUCAGCAU